AAACUGUUUAUUUACUAUUGCAUUAGAAGGUGUUGCUCAUUACAUUUUAUUUGGGACAAACUUUUUCAUAAUUCAUACCAUCCCAGUUUAAACCUCGUCUGUCGAAAAUGGGAAAAGGAAAGGCAGAAGUCGGUACUCCCAAAUACCUAGCUAAUAAAAUGAAGGCCAAAGGUCUACAGAAGUUGAGAUGGUACUGCCAAAUGUGCCAAAAACAGUGCCGGGACGAAAAUGGAUUUAAAUGUCACACAAUGAGUGAAUCCCAUCAGCGCCAGAUUCUGCUAUUUGCUGGAAAUGCUGGGAAAUUUAUCGACAGCUUUUCGUCGGAGUUCAUGACCGGAUAUUUACAAAUACUUCGCCGUCAGUUCGGAACGAAACGAGUUGCAGCGAAUAAGGUUUAUCAGGAGUAUAUUUCCGAUCGCCAUCAUCUGCAUAUGAAUGCAACUAAGUGGCAUUCUCUGUCUGAAUUUGUAAAAUACCUUGGCCGAAACGGACACUGUGUUGCGGAUGAAACCGAGAAGGGUUGGUAUAUCACAUAUAUAGAUAGGGAUCCUGAAACGUUGGCUAUGCAAGAAAAGAUGGCAAAAAAGCAGAAAAUGGACAAAGAUGACGCCGAGCGACUAGCCGAGUUCAUAGAAGAACAAGUGCGACGCGGGCAGAAAGAGGAAGAACCUGGUACUUCUUAUACGGAACUUAAAAGAGAACGCGAAGAAGAAACCAUCAAGAUUGAUUUGAAAUUAGGAUCCAAUGCAAAAGUAGAAACAAAACCUAUUAAAUUAGAAAAACGUCCUUUAGAUGUAGCUUCCGAAGUGAAAAAAGAGAAAAAAUUUAAACCAGGAUCGUCCUCAUCCUGCGAGUUUAAGAAACCGUCAGCCUUAGAUGAGUUGAUUAAAGAGGAAGAGCUGAAAAAGGAAAAGAGCAAUCGAAAAGAUUAUUGGUUGGCGGAAGGAAUCGUUGUAAAACUCGUCACUCAAUCACUCGGUGAUAAGUAUUAUAAAGAAAAAGGUGUUGUUGUUGAGAUGAUUGAUAAAUACCGAGCGAAAAUCAGGCUGUUGGAAUCGGGAGAUAAAUUAAAAGUUGAUCAAGCUCAUUUAGAAACAGUUAUUCCGGCAAUUGGUAAGCAAGUUAAGGUGCUUAAUGGUGGUUAUCGAGGGAACACAGCAGUUCUCAAGGAAAUCGACACCGAUAACUAUUGUGUGACAAUCGAGAUCGCAUCUGGUCCACUGAAAGGUCGAAUAGUUAAUAACGUACAAUACGAAGAUAUAAGUAAGGUAUUUUGAACGAGAGUUGGAAUAAAUAAACAGAUAAUGAUGCAUUCUCCCCAA